ACUUUUUCAUCACAAUGGAUUCAAAUAUCUCUGAAUUCGACUCCCAGGAGCAAGCACCCAAUGAAGCACUUCCUUUUCUCCACGCUUCCAAAUUAACCCAUAAAACCCUAUUCGUAUCAUCCAAAUUCAUUUGGCCAAAAGGGGAUCUAGUAGAAGCUUAUGGAAAGCUAAGUGAACCAUAUGUGGAUCUUGAGGGCUUCCUCAAGGGCGAUAAAAAGGCAACCCUUGAAGCUUCCAAGCUCGUGAGGAAAGCCUGCUUGGAACAUGGCUUCUUCCAAGUUACCAACCAUGGCGUCGAUCAAAAUCUCUUGGCCACUGCCCUCCACGAAAUGGGACCUAUUUUUAACCUUCCUUUUAACGUUAAGACGAGGGCCUCUCAAUCCCACCCUGCAAAAAUGUGGGGCUUUUCCACUGCUCAUUCAAAUCGCUUUUCCUCAAAGCUGCCAUGGAAGGAAACUUUCUCCUUUGGGUUUGACCAUUGCAAUAGCUUCAAUAAUGAACCAUCUGUUGUUGAUUUCUUCUCUUCCACCCUGGGCAAGGAAUUUAAAGAAAUUGGGGUUAUAUAUGAAAAGUACUGCGAAGCAAUGAGGGACCUUUCUCUAGCAUUAACCGAGCUCCUGGGAAUAAGCUUGGGAUUGGAGAGAUCGCAUUUUCGCAUGUUUUUCGAAGAUGGAAGCUCCAUAAUGCGAUUGAACAGCUACCCAAUUUGCGAACAAGGCGGCGUGGCCCUCGGCACUGGGCCUCAUUGCGAUCCAACAGCUUUGACCAUCCUCCACCAGGACCAGGUCGGUGGGCUCGAAGUCUUUGCCAACAACCUAUGGCACUCCGUUCCUCCCUCUCCUAACGCACUCGUUGUUAACAUUGGUGACCUUCUCAUGGCACAGUGUAAUGGAGAAUACAAAAGCUGCGUGCAUAGGGCGGUGGUGAACAAGCACAAGGAGAGGAGGUCAUUGGCAUUCUUCCUUUGUCCAAGGAAAGACAAGGUAGUGAGGCCGCCGGAGAAACUCAUCUCCGACGACGAGUCCAGAAAGUAUCCGGAUUUUUCGUGGUCUGAGCUGCUUGAAUUCACACAAAAACACUACAGAGCCGAUGCAGCAACGCUUCAAAACUUCACCAAAUGGGUCGUGUCCUCGAGACCAUGGGGUCUUUAGUGGCUAUGGAUUCUUCAUUUUAUUCGUCGGCUAAUGAUAGCUUUUAUCAGUUGUUUUUUUUGUCUAAGUGUGAAGUUUGGAUUAGUAAUAAUUGGUUUAACUAUAUUUUGAACUAAUUUAAUUAAGAUUAAGAGAUCCGAAUAUAAUUGUGAGUGAAAUAGUGGAUGAUACGUUGAAUUUCUAAUUCCGUUUAAUAUUUAUAUUACUACUACUUAUAAAUCAA